GUAAUUGCUUUGCAAACAAAGGAACAAGUUUCUCCACAGGAGAGUCUCAAGUCCUCAGGAUGUGGUGAGCCUGCCCUCAGGAAGUGAGUCCAGGAGAGUCUGGGUUGAGGAUCCUCUCAUGCCAAAGGAAAAUGUUACUAGACGUGAUGCAGUGAGAUGGUGCUGGGAAAUACAAUUAUCUUGGAAUUAGAAUCUCCACACCUACACGUACCAGAAAAGAACCAGGAUUCCUGCUGCAGGUACUGGCACAGCCCGAGGAGCACUACAGGCCAGUUACAACACGGUAGAAAGAAGAGGUAACAUCGGUAUUAGUCCUGACCUUGUGGCCCCAGUGAAGUAUAACCAAAGGGACCUGCAUGAAUAUAGUCUAGAAGGGAGAGAAACAUGGGAGAAACUCGCUCACUAAUAAUCAUGAGCCACUGCUGGGUAAAUAAAAUAUAGUUCGUGGUUCUAAAGAGCAUAUUUACCACACAUGGUCUGGUAAGUACCUAAGAAAAUAUGAAACUCAUAGGGCUGAAGGAGCCUGUCUCCUUAUGUGAAGUAAUGAGGGUAAAAACUUAGUUUGGAAUCCAGGCCAAAUUUUGUUCCUAACAGAGAAGAACAAUGUUUACAUAUUAAAAAUUGUAUGUGAGUACAUGUAUGUAUAUGGGUAUUUACAUAUCUACAUUCCCUUCAGUCUUUGGGACAAAGAUGUUCCUCAUUUGGUAAGUAUCCAUCUUGAAUGGCCCAUCUGAAGUUUCCUGGGAAAAUUAAACUAAUAUUGCAAAAUUAAGAGUUUAGACUGAUGACAUCUUCUUAGACUAUGAGGAGAAGACAUAAAUGAAAACAAAAAAAAGGAAGUACAAGUGUAGAGAAAUGUUUGGAAAAUGAAAAUUGUUGUGUUCCCUAUUUAAAAGCCAUGCUUGACAGAAUGUCCUCAGAGAACCUAGGGUCCCAGGCUCACCCAGACGCCCAGCUGAGGCAGGCCAGCAGCACCCUCGCUUCCCCCAUGGCCCUCCUGCUCCCUCUACUGACGGCUCUGGUGGUGUCCAGCUAUGGCCCCGGCGGAUCUCUGGGCUGUGACCUGCCUCAGGACCACGUGCUGGUUAGCAGGAAAAACUUCAUGCUUCUGGGCCGGAUGAGGAGGAUCUCCCCUUUCUUCUGUCUGAGGGACAGAAAAGACUUCAGGUUCCCCCAGGAGAUGGUGGAUGGCAGCCAGUUCCAGGAGGCCCAGGCCAUCUCUGUCCUCCACGAGAUGCUCCAGCAGAUCUUCAGCCUCUUCCACACAGAGCGCUCCUCUGCUGCCUGGAACACCACCCUCCUGGACCGACUGUGCACUGGACUCCAUCGGCAGCUGGAAGACCUGGACACCUGUUUGGUGCAGGCGAUGGGAGAGGAGAAAUCUGCCCUGGGAACUGAGGGCCCUGCACUGGCUGUGAAGAGGUACUUCCGGGAAAUCCACCUCUACCUGAAAGAGAAGAAAUACAGUGACUGUGCCUGGGAAAUUGUCAGAGGGGAAAUCAUGAGAUCCUUCUCUUCAUCCAGAAAGGUGCAAGUAAGGAUGGGACUUAAGGAUGGAGACCUGGGAUCUCCUUAAAAUGAU